AUGCGGAAAAAAGAAGAGUUCAAUCUCUCGAACAGCGCGUUUGAAAAGAACGCCGUGGCAGACCUCAAACUCGGAGCCCAUACGGAGGAGGCGAUACCUCUGUCGACUGUUCCGCUGUGCCGUGUCACUGUGGACCUGCCCCGCCACCAGCACCCGGGGGGAGCCCUGCCGGGGGGGUCUGCAGUGACCCCUGCCGGGGGGCUCCUGGGCCCCGCCCUGCGCUCGUGGCCCGCGCGCUUCUUCUGCCGCGGGGUCAAGCUCAAGCAGCGCGUGGCCAGCGGCCUGCUGCUCGCCACCUCGGCCCUGGUCUUCCUCGCCAUCGUGCGCAUCACGGGCGUCCAGAAUCCCCAGUACCGGGAAUGGGCGCCCAGCCACCGCAAGGGGGAGCCGCCCCUGCCCCCGCAGGCCGGUCUGGGCCUGGACCCCACGGGCAUCUUUUACAAGAAGCUCCUCACCAAAGCAUCCCGGGAGACCGGAUCGGCGAGACUCCCCCCCGACCCUCCCCAAGACAGCCCCCAGGAGGCCGCGGGUCGAACGUCGGCGCCUACGCUCAGGCCAGGAGCGAAUGACGUCGACGGCCUCGACCGGAAGCGGGGCCGGCCCAGGGACGCCGACCGGGAGCCGGCGGCCACGACGACGACUCGGGAGCCCCACGACCCUUUCGUGGACCUGAUCAAGGUGGCGUGGCCGAGCAACGAGCGCGACAGCGGGGCCUCCAAGAAGUUGGCCAGGAGGUACAACCCCACGCUGGGACACCUUCUGCGGAUAGAGAACAGCUCCAACAUGACGAGCUGGGAGCUGUUCCAGACGAGUAUUGCCCGGGACUAUCUCUACCCAGAGAACUCGACCCUGGUGGACAAGCUCCUCCACGAGAUGGCCACGCUACCCAUCGUCCACGUUGGGCUCAAAGAUGGCGGCACCCAACUGAAGCUCAUCAUCGACUACGAAAACGGAGGGCAGGCUCUGUUCAAGCCGAUGAGGUUCCCGAGGGAUCGGGAGACAGAUCCCAACCACUUCUACUUCGUGGACUUCGAGAGGCACAACAGCGAGAUCGCCUCUUUCCACCUGGACAGGUUACUGGGUUUCCGACGGGCCCCUCCGGUGGUGGGGAGGCUGCUCAACAUGACGUCGGAGAUCUACGCCAUCACCGACGACGACAUCCUCAAGACGUUCUUCGUCUCCCCUGCCAACAACCUGUGCUUCCACGGCAAGUGCAGCUACUACUGCGACACCUCGCACGCCAUCUGCGGUCACCCCGACACCCUGGAAGGCAGCUUCGCCGUCUUCCUCCCUUCCAAGGAGGUGGCGCCCAGGAAGUCCUGGAGGCAUCCCUGGCGGAGGUCGUACCACAAGCGGCGGAAAGCCAAGUGGGAGCUCAACGACGACUACUGCAGCGACAUUCGGAGAACCCCUCCUUACAACAAGGGGCGCAGGUUGCCAGACCUCAUGGACAUGGCCAUCCUGGACUUCUUCAUCGGUAACAUGGACAGGCACCACUAUGAGACGUUCCUGACCUUUGGGAACAACUCAUCGCCUCUGCACUUGGACCAUGGCCGUGGGUUCGGCAAGACGCGCUACGACGAGCUGAGCAUCCUGGCGCCGCUGUACCAGUGCUGCCUGCUGCGGCGCUCGACGCUGCGGCGCCUGCUGGGCCUGCACAACGGGGCCGAGCCCCUCAGCAGCCAGAUGCGGCGAUCCCUGGCCAGGGACCCCCUCAACCCCGUGCUCGUCGAGGGACACCUGGAGGCCCUCGACCGCAGGCUACACAUCGUGCUCGAGGUAGUGCGGGAGUGCGUCGGACAGCGCACGGCCGACGAGGUCAUCAUACUGGACGACGCCUGAGCUCGGCGCUGCUACGCUCCUGCCACUAGGCCUCCAUGUCCAUGCACUGAACAGGGGACAUCUCUGAGGUCUGCGGUGUCUUGCAUUUCCAAGUCUUUACCAGAGGAAGACGGACACCUGUGUCCACUCAGAGCUUUCCCAGAGGAAGACCACAAGACAGACAUCUGUGAACGUGACGCGUGCUGUCAGUGCCAAGGUUGCCCUUUGCACUUUCUGCCAUCAGCACACGCUUUGCAUCUCAAAGACAGUCUCUCCAGGAUUUGCCAUGCGUUUACAUUUUAAUUUGUUCAAUAUUUUUUUUUCAAUUGUGUUUUCUAUGUCUGAUAUGGUCGACAAGUUUGCAUCGCCAAGACGCAGUGCUUUUUUAAGUUAUUUUACAAAUAGAUACCGGUGCCGACUGACCAGAUCAGACAACAAGAAACUGUGGAACAAUAUGGGGCCUAUGCUUUGGCUUCUGCAUGGGAGUGUGUGUGCACAGGUGCAUCUUCGUGUGUGAACUCGACUUACAUAGCUACGCGCUACCGUUUUCUAAUAUCUUUUUUUUUUAGAAAAGGCAGUUUUGAGCAAAUCCUUACCCACAAUGUGAUAAGGACACUAGUCUUCAUGAUGGCAGUAGCAGACAGCACAUCUCCUAUACACGUUUUUUUUUUCUUUUUUUUUUACGAUGGCAGCUAGAAGUUAAAUCAUUGAGCGUUUUGGUUGGAAGGGCUCGAUGGUGCGCGUGAGCUAUUGGUCGUCUACCAAAGACGAAUUCGAAUGUUUCUUUCUGAUGUAGCUUUAAAAACUGAGUCUAAUCUCUCUUAUCAGCGUGCCCCUGACUAAGUGGCUAUUGCCAUGGACUUUUCCCACUUGUAGUGGUUUCUUGAUUCAGAGAAUGGUCUGUCCUUUCUAAGCCAGAUAACACAUUAUUGAGUUAAUUGCAUCAAAUUAAAAAUGAAUCAUGCAUCUGGUUUUUUGACUGAAACUGCCUCCAGCAAAAGCGACCUAAUGACCAUAGCUUAUUGACUAUGACAUCCAGAUUUAGAUCAGUAAAUACAAUCAUUGCAUUGAUCGGACCACUGGUACGACAUGAGGCUCUGUGGCUAAAAGCAAUCAAAGCUAGUAGAAUUGUGCCUGGUCAAAGGCUGAUGGUAGCUGAUAGCCGAUAAGAGAUAGCAGUGUUACUAGGUCGAUGGUGCCUCACCAGUGCUGUGUCCCUCCUAGAGUCAUGUGACUCCAAUAGCGAACUCUUGAGGUUCAGACAGAACAAGUUCGCUGUGCUUCUUGUGGUGAUCGAGCAGUUGUCACUCCUGCAGAGCAGGACCAACCAAGAGGCCAAGGUUCAGCAAAUAUACAAAUCAAAUUACAAGGGUUUGCAGACUUUCGUCUGUUAAUUGAAAAUAAAUUUUAUGCCUGUUUGAAUUAACGUUAGUCUCAAUGCUCUCUAUGAGUGUGCCACUAAAAUGUAUCCCAUGGGUACACCUACCCAAGUGAUGAGAGGUGUGAGGCUAAUGACAAAUGAUGAGGCAUGCUAUGACUGUAGUCGGGCCAAUGGGAUAUACCAGCGCUGUGGUUACUGUUUUAACAGCCCCGUGCGAGGGCCAUGCAGUUUUUCCACACCAUCAUAGACGCUGGUGGUUUCCCAGAUGCAUUCAUUGGGUAAUCAGCACAUUUUAUAUUUCCUGGUGGCACCGUGCCCGUUUGACGUCCCGGUGGUGUGCACAGGCCUGGUGUUUUCUAAGAGUCGUUGGCCGCUGUCACCCUUUUGUGACGUCACUGUCUUCCCCCUUUCCCAUUUUCAAUGUAUUGGUGGGCGGAAACGAGUUUGAGUCAUGGUUCGAUUAUUCACUCCCGUGACUCGCACGUUGAGUAUUGCGUUGGAAGGAUGAAGAAAAAAAUUUGGGGGCUGUACCAGCGUUCAAUUAAUUGCACCACUGGUACAGCCUGACACAUCGCUCUCCUUCCCCAUGGGAGGUGAAGUUACGAUAGCAGCCACUUCGGAAAUACUGGGCUUGCAUCUGAGCUCAUCGCAACAUGUUGGUGGUCAUUUCUACUUGUUCUUAACUAGAAAAUAAAAUUCAUUAGUGUAAAACAUGUUCUCCAGAAAGUGAGCACUGAGCAACAAGACCGCCACAAUGACUGCUGAUAUGAUGUCAUUGCAAGCCAUCUAAAACGUCAUGUUUGGCGGCUCUGGCAAACACUUCUAAUUGCUGCCGGUCAUAACCCUUCAAGAGUGACAACUCUAUCCCUGGCAACGCCAAAAGUUGAUAAUCAAAUUUUGACCGAAUUCAAUCUGCUGACACCGUCGGUUGUGGUUGGCCGUCACGUUUGUAUUAAGGUAAUGCCCAGGAGGCGUUUUGCCAGUGGUGUUCUCCCAUUGCUGUGUCAGCAAUUCCAGUGUUUGUCUAAUCUCUCUGCACCAACUCAUGCCUCUAAUGUCGCACCAUAGCCGCUGGCCGUGGAACGAGGCAUGUGCCCCCCAAAACACUGGAGCAGUCGAGCUUGUUGAGCGAGUGUGUGCAAAGGGCUCUGAGUGUUGCCACUUCUAUACAUGGUUUGCACGUGAUGUCAUCGCACCGUGCUGGUGGUCAUUCCUACUUGUUCGUGUGAAAAAAAAAAAAUUCGGUGGUACAACAUGCAUGCUGCAGAAGGUACGCGCUUGGUAGCAAGGCCACCAAAUGGCAGCCGGUGUGACGUCAGUACAAGCCAUGCAUUCGUUAUCGUUGCCGGCCACAUGAAAAAGGGGAACGUGGGACAAUCGAAGUCGGGAUUUUGGUUGCAGACGGCAGUGAGCUACACGGUUGUAAUGACCCUACAUAUCUGACCCUGAAGCACCAAAUUGUUUCCACCGUCCACACGAUACUUUUGGUGGGCAAUUCGCAGCAGUGAAAUCUGCAUUUUGUUGGAACGGAACGGACGCAGAAGAGAGUUCAGGGACUGGACUAUAAUCUUCUUUUUACAAUGUAACGUUGUCAAACGUGUUAAAAAAAUUAUUCAUUUUCUCCAUUGAUGGUAUAUGGUGGCGCACAUUGUUCCACAAUUUUUUUCUUUUAUUGCAAGAACCUAUAGGUGGUCUACUGUAUUGAUAAAGGUAUACAUUAUAUAUACAUAAAUAAAUUACUGCUAUUUUGUACAGAGAAAUAAAACUAUAUGCCAGUGUUGCAACA